AUGUCAGUCUUCUCUCCCAAUCAAGUGUUUUUGAAUUAUAGGGGAGAGGAACUGCGUUCAAGCUUCGUGAGCCACCUGAUUGAUGCAUUUGAAAGGAAUGAGGUAAACUUCUUCGUAGACAAACACGAGCUGAGAGGCAAAGACCUCAAAAAUCUCUUUGUGAGGAUUCAAGAGUCGAGGAUCGCACUGGCCAUCUUCUCCACGAGGUAUGCGGAGUCUCCGUGGUGUAUGGAUGAGUUGGUGACGAUGAAGAAACUUGCGGAUCAAGGAAAGCUCAUAGUAAUUCCAAUCUUUUACAACGUAGAGCCAGAAGACGUAAAAAAACAGACAGGUGAGUUUGGUGACAGAUUCUGGACUCUCGCUAAGUGUUCUACUGGCGAUCAGAUCAAGAAACGGAAAGAAGCUCUCGACUGUAUCUCUGACAAAAUGGGUUUGUCAUUGGGAGAAAAAAGCUCUGAAGCCGAUUUUGUUAAGAAAAUUGUUAAGGAGAUUCAGAAAGUUACAGAAGCAAUUGGAAAGGAAGAAGAAAAACAUUUUAGAAAAGAAAAAGAGAAAGCUUGGGGAUUGCCAUUGCCAAUACGAUCGCGAAUUUGA